UAAGGGCUACUUCUCAAGCCGGCCAUAUUAUCCAGAAUACGCGCCUCUGCAUGCGUUCUCCUGAGACCUUGGGUCGGUCGCCUGCGGAGGCUUCUAUUGGGAAAGCAGCUAAUUGCUGUGCUGUGUACUCCAACGAGCCUCUGGCAGUGCGUCGCUUACGCGCACGCUCGCGAUUCGCGAGUACUUGCGUGAGGCGCUACGAAUCGGCCCCCUGGCCCAGGAUGCAGCCAACAGGUCGUGGUGUCCCCCCGAAUAAGAGCACUCGAGCGGAGACCACCAAUGAGGCGGCAGCAACUCCGCACCUGAAAUGGUGACCUUCUGUUACAUAGAUAACUGGAGCAUUUGCUCAGGAUACACCACAUCGACAACGUCGUCUCGCUACUGCCGCUUCCAGCCAGCGUAACGUUAAGACGUGCGCAACGUUCAUCAUGCCCCUGCUCUCGCCAUAUCAGUCCACCAGGCAUGCACAAGCUUGUCGACUUGGAGAAGCUUCUCAUACUCGUCCGUAUCUGCGUCUAUAUCGUCGUUCUCAGUCGUCUCGUCUUCAAGCGCAUCCCAUUCCAGCGCGAGCAACGCCACUGCGCCUACCGAUUACGAGCAUGUCCUCUCCUGUCGUUCGAAUAGAAAGUCACGACGCGACACACAAACGUCGUGGACAUUACACU